AUGGGGCGACCAAAGAGAGGGGGCCCGAUCCCGGCACCCCGGGCUGUCGAGGGGACACCCGGCCCUCGCCAGCAGGAUCGGGCCACGGCUUGGCCUCUCCGACAGCGCCUGCGGUUUGUCUCUGCCAUAUCCAGGGAUAUUUCUCAGCUGAGCUGCUGCAAACUCGGAGCGAGCUGGGGCUUCUCUGCCCGUGCCGCUCGGGAUGAGCGGAGCGAGGCCUCUCCUCGCUCCGUCGCUCAGCACCAAACCCUCCUGUCGCUGUGCUCAGGUGCGGGUGCCCAGGUGGGUCCGGACUUCGAGCUGCAGCAGCCCCAGGACAAGGUGUCGGUGGCAGCGGGGGAGACGCUCACCCUGACCUGCACCAUGUCUGCAGCCGGUCCCCUCGGCCCCGUGAAGUGGCUGAAGGGCUGGGGCAGUGGGAACAAGACCGUUUAUGACCAGACGGGCACCUUCCCCCGUGUGACACGGGUAGUGAGUCACUCCAACACAGACUUCAGCAUCCGCAUCAGGGAUGUUCGCCCCGAGGAUGCCGGCACCUAUUACUGCGUGAAGUUCAACAAAAUGGUGAGCGGUGUGGAGAUGUUUCGGCAUGGAAAGGGCACGGUGGUGUCCCUGCAUGAUAGAGCCCUGGUUCCCAGCAUGGUGGCUGCAGCUGUACUGCUCUGCUUCCUCGUCCUCCUUGGCCUCUUUGUCACCCUUUGCAUCUACAGGAGGAAGCGCAGAGGCGAGGCAGAGAGCCAGCGCCUGGCCAGGCUGGCAGCCGUGGGCAGCUUCUUGCCCAUCCGUCUGCGGUGCUGUGCAGGGACCCCCGGCACCCCCAGGUCCGUACGCACCACCUCUUCCUUCUGCACCCCGAGCAACGAAAUCAUGGAUGCAGAGACCUCACAUCUGCCCUGCCAGCAAAGCAGCAAGGAGGACAAUGACAUCCACUAUGCCGAUCUCCAGCCCCUGCCCACAGCCCCGCGGCACAGCAGGACCCCCGGCGCAGCCUGCUCCGAGUACGCCAGCAUCAGGGUAGCUGCCAAGUGAUGUGUGGCAC